AGUGACGGCGAGCGAAUCGGCGUGCGCCGGGCCUGGAACCGUGUAAGGUGGCGGUGCUCGUUGCUGCCUCUACGCUUCAAAGAUGCCGGGCCUAGCGGCCGCAAGCCCUACCCCAUCUGACGCACAGGAGAAAAAGCCGCUGAAGCCCUGCUGCGCCUGCCCGGAGACCAAGAAGGCGCGCGAUGCGUGCAUCAUUGAGAAAGGAGAGGAGCACUGUGGACACCUAAUUGAGGCCCACAAGGAGUGCAUGAGAGCCCUGGGAUUUAAGAUAUAAAAUGGUGGUUUACUCUGUAAAUGAAUAAUCCUUGAAGAAUGAAGAAGAUUGAAUAGUUUUGAGAAUUCUUUGAGGAACUUUGAUAAAUGGAAAAAGUAUUUAUAAUUUAUUUAAAAAAUAAAGGAAAAUAUCACUGGUCAGAAA